AUGGAAUAAUGUGUCGACGUAAUGGGUACGCUCGCGCCGGUACAUAACCGGUGUGGAGGUGCCGGCGGAGGGACUGCUGCUCAGCUGAGAGACGCGGAGUAUGACUGACGGUCGUUUGUGGAGUAUUAGCACUUCAAACCUCUCCUAGACAGAGAAUCAGCUUUGCGGUCAUGACUUGCAUCCACCCCCAGCACGGGUCGCAGGCGUACGAGAACAGCCUCGGCGCCUCAGAGCUGCAGGGCGCGGGCUUGAUGUCCAGGCUGGCUGUGGACGUGGGCGUCCCGCGGGACCAGCUCUCCGCUGCGUCCCAGCCGAGCGCCGCGAGCGCUCCCUUUGGUGAGUUUGACACGUACUCGUGCCAGUUCGCCGCGACCUCGGCCCUGGUCCCGCCGCCGUCGGCCCACGAGCCUGCCUUGAGGCUGGACGACCUACAGGUUUACAGUUGCUACCCCGGACAGUUCAUGCAGGCCUACCCGGACGAGGCCAUGUCUCCCUGUGGGUCCGAUUACUUCGGCAGUCCUGCGUCGACUUCCUCUCCUUCGACCCCUGGGUUCCAAGGUCAGCACGGGUCCACCUGGGACUCAGCCUUUGGUCCCUACUCUCCCAGUCCAGGAUACUGGGCCACUGAGGAGACCCCGGUGCCAAACGCACCCUCUUUCUUCACAUUUGGCUCAGCGUCUAUGGAGGACAUGUCUCACUUAGGGCCACUGCACUCGCAAGAGUCCGAAUCCUUCUCCGUGACCCAUCGUCACCCGCCUGCGAUUAACUACAGCGGCUUGGUGAUGGAGCAGGCGUGCCUUCUGGACGGCACCGACCAGCUGGAGGGCAGCUUUUCGUCCAAGCUAAAAAGUCCGGGUGCGAAUGACGGCUGCUGUGCUGUGUGCGGAGACAACGCCUCGUGUCAACACUACGGGGUCCGAACCUGUGAAGGAUGCAAGGGGUUUUUCAAGCGUACGGUACAAAAAAACUCAAAGUACGUGUGCCUCGCUAACAAGGACUGUCCAGUCGACAAGAGGCGGCGGAAUCGAUGCCAGUUCUGCCGGUUCCAGAAAUGCUUGGCCGUCGGCAUGGUCAGAGAGGUGGUGAGGACCGACGGCCUGAAAGGACGACGAGGCCGCCUGCCGUCCAAGCCCAAGGUCGUCCCCGAUGUGAGGCCCGCGGGUCCUCCCGCCAGCAUGAUCGCCUCACUUGUGAGAGCUCACAUUGGCUCCAACCCUAGCGUUGGGGAACUGGAUUAUUCCAAAUAUGAUGACAAGCAGAUCGGUGCAAACCAGAAGGAAGAACCCGGGGACAUCGUACAGUUUUAUGAGCUCCUCACAACCUCCAUGGAGGUCAUCAGGACGUGGGCGAAGAGCAUCCCAGGCUUCACGGAGUUCUGCUCCGAAGACCAGGAACUGCUGCUGGAAUCUGCAUUUGUUGAGCUCUUCAUUCUGCGUCUCGCAUAUCGGUCCAGUCCGGAAACAGACACGCUCGUUUUCUGCAACGGAGCCGUGCUUCACAAGAUGCAGUGCGUCCGAAGCUUCGGGGACUGGAUCAGUUCCAUCCUGGAGUUUUCCCAAAGCCUCCACCGCAUGAGGCUGGACGUUUCCUCCUUCGCCUGCCUCGCUGCCCUGGUCAUCAUCGCUGACCGACACGGUCUCAAAGAACCCAAGCGCGUGGAGGACAUGCAGAACCAGCUCAUCGCCUGCCUUAAAGACCACAUCUCCGGCUGCAGCCUGGACGCGGCGCGGCCCGGUUACCUGUCCAGGGUGCUCGGGAUGCUGCCGGACCUCAGAACGCUGUGCACGCAGGGCCUGCAGCGCAUCUUUUACCUGAAGCUGGAGAACCUGGCUCCCCCGCCGCCCAUUGUGGAGAAAAUCUUCAUGGACACGCUUCCUUUCUGAGCGUGACGCAACAACAUUAACCGGCUCCGAAUCGAAUGGUCCGGAGCGUGUUCUGGAGAGAAAGCAGAAUCGAGCUAAGAACAGCGCAGCUGCCACAACAAAAGACUUUUCAAGCUUUUCAGCUUUCAAGCGGCGAAAUUUGUACAUUACGUUGAAUAAUGUUCUCUUCCCUAGUUUGUGUUUUUGGGAAUUUUGAAUCCAGCCCAUGGACCAAAAUGUGACUGUUUACAUACGAGCUAGUCAUGAGUGGAAAUGGAAGGUGGAAGAUGAAUGCACUUUCCAGAAUGUUGAGGCAGACGUGUUUUUUGUAUUUGUGUUCAAAUAAUAGAAUUAACAUCCAUUCUGCUUUGGAUGGACGUAUAUUGCACGUAUUAUAUGCAACAAAGCAUUAUUAUAAGAUGUGUAGGUCAAGUAUUGACCUGUGACAUUAUAUUUCAGGUGCUCCAACGUGUGAUAUAAUUGCAGUUGAAGGUAUGUUACACCUCCAGUAAUAGUACGCAGUGUAUUUCAUGUAUCAUGAACAGACACGGAGCAGCUAAUAUACUGUGUAUCAUCUGGUACAGUCUUAUGCACUGGUUUGUAAAUUCUUCUGAAUCUCUAUAGAACCUACUGGUGUUUUCACUGCAUUGCAUUCUGCAGUGUGGGAAAUUGUGAUUUUUCUUUGGACUUGUUUUUACAUAAGAUGUAUUUUACAGUAGCUUGAGAUUAAAAAAAUCUGAAACUCUA